GUCUGGUUCCAUUAUAACAAUCACUUUUCCUCUCUCUUUAUCUUCGUUUUAGCGUUUCAGGGCCGACUCCGGGCUUAUUCUAGAACUGGCUAAUUCACAGGAAAUACUGGAAGACUCUUCUAGAAAGAACCAAGAGGUGGUUCUUUGCCUCUAUGAAGCCUUAAGAUCUCGGGACGUGGACACGGUGCAUAAGAUCCUAGCCUCCGACCUCGAGUGGUGGUUCCAUGGCCCGCCGUCCCACCAAUUUAUGAUGCGCCUUCUGACCGGAGCUGACACUUCAUCCGAAAAAGUUGGAAAAAGCUUUGAGUUUAAGCCUGAGGUUAUUCGGGCUUUCGGGUCUGUCGUAAUAGCUGAAGGUUGCGAUCCAACCCGCUCCAUUUCUUGGGUUCACGCUUGGACUGUCACAGAUGGGAUAAUAACCCAAGUUAGAGAGUAUUUCAACACUUCUCUAACUGUCACUCGUUUUGGAAACCAAAAUCAAUCAGAAUCGUCUGAUUAUUCUUGUUCUUCCUCCUCCUCGUCUUCGCCAUCAUCACCGAAGGCGGAGAUUACUCCUGUGCAUUGCCCAUCCGUUUGGGAGAGCAGCCUCUCCAAUCGGGUCGGAAAGUCGGUGCCGGGUUUGGUUCUGGCAAUUUAGUAAAAUUGAAACUACAUCUAUAUCUCUGUGUCUGAUCGGGUGUAUCCGUUAGUAUUAUAAUAUAGUAGUGCGAAUAAAAGAAGGUUGCACACGUGGAUAUUAGCAAAGAUGUAAGUGGCUAAGGUCGUGUUUGUUUGGUUGAUUUUGGGUUUGUAUUCGGUUUUCAAGGUUUUUAGUGUGUAAAACUAGGUAGGAUGGUGAGAUCUAGUUGGUUAAUUAUUGAUAUGUGUGUGUCUUUAAUGUUUUACUCUCAUUUCAUAAUAAAAAGGUGUUGUUUGGAUAUGAA